AUGCAAAGUCCCACGUCCCAUCAGUUGGCAGCAAGGCAAGUCAUCACAAGAGAGCUUCCUGUCUUUAGCGGGGACCCUGUCGAGUGGCCGCUCUUUAUCAGUAGUUAUAACCAUUCGACAGAGGCGCGUGGUUAUUCGCUUUCUAAAAACUUGCUGCGUUUGCAACGGGUGCUGAAAGGUGCUGCGAAAGAUGCCGUCAGCAGUUUUCUUCUACAUCCGUCUACCGUGCCACAAGUGCUGGCUACCUUUCAGACAUUGUACGGUAGGCCGGAGCAGAUUGUUCAUAACCUGGUGGCCAAAGUUCGAGCAACGACCGCACCCAGGGCGGAAAAAUUGGAGACGCUGAUUCAUUUUGGUUUGGCUGUGCAAAAUUUGUGUGGUCAUAUGGAGGCUGUUGGAAUGACGAAUCACCUGUCCAACCCGAUUCUCCUACAAGAACUGGUGGACAAGCUGCCGGCAAAUAUCAAAUUUAGCUGGGCGCUACACCAAGUGGGUCUACCCGUGGUCGAUUUAAAAGCUUUCAGCGAGUACAUGCGGAACCCUCCGAAGGACGAGAAGCAUGAAAAACCCAGGAAUAAAGAACAGGCGUUCCUGAAUACGCAUGAUGCACACGAACGAAAAGAAGCAUCAACCAAACCACCUGGCGAACGGCGAGAACAUCACCAGAAUGCUACGAGCAAAAGACAAGAACGAGCCGAAGUCACCAUCCACCAGCUUCCGGUGUCAUCAAUUUUGUUCAAGAUAAUUCCUGUGACUUUGUACGGGAAGAAUGGUGCUGCAGUGAACACCUACGCAUUCUUGGAUGACGGCUCGUCUGUGACUCUAGUAGAACAGGCGAUUGCAGACCAACUCGGCGUGGACAGUCGAGCGCAUUCCGUGUGCAUCCAUUGGACGAGUGGGAUAAAUAAGCAGAUCGAGACUACUGUGCUGGAGAAGCUGAGCAUAUCGCAGCCAGACGGCGGAAAACGUUUCAAGCUAUCCGAAGUAUACACCGUCAAGAAUCUAGGGCUACCGGAACAAUCGCUGGAUUUCGUGCUGCUGGCUAAGGAUUUCACACACCUACGACAUCUACCGGUCAAGAGCUUUAAGAGAGCCGUUCCUGGACUACUAAUCGGUCUGAGUAACUCACAUCUGCUGACUACUACGAAGGUUCGUGAAGGAGAAAAAGAUGAACCGAUCGCUGCGAAGACUCGCGUUGGCUGGGUCGUAAGUGGCCGUGUACGAGGGGGAGAAGACAGUUUCCAGCACCGUCAAAUGCUUAUCUGUGCGGAUACGACAGAACGCGAUCUCCACGACUACGUGCAGGAGUUCUUCUCAGUAGAAAGCCUUGGAGUUGCCGUAGCUCCUAAUCUGAAAGGAGCCGAAGACCAACGAGCACGCAGGAUCCUCGAAGAAACGACAGUUCGGACAGAAAGCGGAAGUAGACCAAUGGCCGAGCGCCAGUGGCGAUGCCUGGAGAAGCGACUUGAGAAGGAUAUUCAGCUAUAUGAGAGCGUACGACAGCAGGUGGCAGACUUCGAGGUGAAGGGGUACAUCCACGUAGUAACUGAUGAAGAGAUGGCAGGUUUCGAUUCGCGACGUAUCUGGUACCUUCCGUUAGGAGUGGUACAGAAUCCGAACAAACCCGGACGGAUACGAGUUAUUUGGGAUGCGACCGCAAAGGUUAACGGUGUGUCCCUGAACAUGAUGCUCUUGAAGGGUCCGGAUUUGUUGACUCCCCAGCUACAUGUUACUUUCAAAUUCCGCGAACGGGAAGUUACUUACUCCGGUGAUAUACAAGAAAUUCGUCAAACGAACCGCUGA